GCUUAACUAUUAAUAGUAGACACUAGUAUUAUUAUUGUGCAACAAGAUAAACAUUUUACACAGUCAGGUUCAACUUGAGAAGAAGUCUAAUUGGAUAUUUGUUUAAAAUAUUUAUGUCAACAAGGACUGCUUAUCACUGUCUUGUUUGUAGGUCAGAUAUAACAUAUCAGGUUUGUGGUGAAGUAAUAUUACAGUGGUAUAAGUUUAAUAAAUUUCUGGAAUAUGGCAAAUAUACUACAGUGUGUAGUUUUGGUAUUCUUAUACACUUUGUGUGUUCAAGCUAUUUUGCAGAAAAGUCACUAUGGUAACCAAUUUUAUAUUGGAAUGAUUGCUGCUCGUAACUGGACAACAGACUUCCAGAUCGAUAUUGCAUCAAAAAGUAAUGGGAACCUAUAUCUUGACAUUCCUUAUCUGAACCUGCGUCGCAACGAAACUUUGCAAAGAGGAUCAACCAUUCUGACGGUAAACAAUUCAUUAAUCCGAGCAGGUACUUUUACAGAAAACCGUGGAAUAUACUUGAGUACAGAUGUACCCGUAGCUGUUUAUGUGACUUGGCAAGCACAUCCAAAGGUAAUGGACACGUACCUGGCAUUACCACUCUCGUCUUUAGGAACACGAUACAUUGUUGCUUCAUAUGAUCCAUGUUCACUUUGUAAACCGGAUCGGUCUGAGAUGAUCAUAAUCGGUGUCCAUGACAACACUAUGAUCACCGUUACAGACCGUUAUAAGAGAAACACGACAUUAAAAUUAAAUGCUCUAGAUGCUCACCAACUAUCAAACACUAAAGACAUAUCCAACACUGCCAUUGUUUCAGAUAAACAAGUGACAGUUAUAUCUGGAACAUCUUGUGCAAAUAUUCCCCAUGGUGUUUUUCAGUGUGAUCUGCUCUUAGAACAAAUGAUUCCCUCUUUCUCCUGGAAGAAGGCGUUUAUUGUGCCUCCAGUCUUUCCAAAACUUGGAUUUCUACUAAAGAUAUUUUCUGAAAAUAAUGCGGCAGCCUGUAUAACAAACAGUUCAAGAACUGUUUGCUACCAUUCAAAUCAAGAAGAAUAUAUAAUGGGAACCGACCCGGCUAUUAUCACAUCGCGCGAUUCCAUUAGUGUUGUGCAAUACGGCGUUGGUGAGCGGUAUGACUUCAUUGAUGCUGAUGAAUUUAUGACUGUGAUUCCAGGUAUUGAAAAUUAUCUUAACAGCUAUUAUUUCGUCAUUCCACAAAAUUAUUCCUCUUUGGCAAACCGCCUAUCCAUUACUGUACCAUCUUCGAACGCUGGAGGUCUCCGAAUGGAUGGAAUGUCAUUGGCACCGGACAAAACCUACUCAGUUCCAGAUCCAUUUUCUAAUUAUUCUGUUUUAAUCAUAAACAUAACGGUUGGAUAUCAUGAGCUAACGCACACUGAUACUAACGUCAUGUUUGGAGCUACAGCUUAUGGCUUUGGGGCUGGUAUUGGAUAUGGUUUUCCCGUUGGAUUUAGAUACCUGUCAGAAAGUCAUCUUACAUCUUCAACAACAACUUCUACAUUACCAACAACAUCAUCUACAUCGCCGACAACAUCUUCUACCCCUUCAACAGCAGCUCCUACAUCUACAACAUUGUCUGCAUCUGUUUCUAUGGCUACUAAUGGACCAGUGACAAAUGUCACCAAUGUUUUGUGUUUCUCUUGUGAUGACCUGAGUCAUGUGGAGUUAUGCAACGUGGUCAAGCAUUGUAGUACAAACGAGGUAUGCUACAUAGAAAGCUAUGAAAAGUUUGGGAGGAAACUUUACCGAUCAGGCUGUUUGCAAUCAGCUACAUGUCAGAAAAAUGUGAUUUCGUAUCAAAGCCAGUCAGACAUGUGUGCCGAGUGUUGUUCACAAAACUACUGCAACAACAAAGGAUGUGGUGAUACUGGUCUAUCACCACGUGACCAGCGCGGACCUAUGUGCUAUGAUUGUCCGCACGAACUGUCCCCACAAGACUGCAACAAACUCACGUUAUGUAAAGCGAAUGAGUUGUGUAGCAUUGAAGAAUUCGGAUGGGGAGAUCAUUCGCAAUUCAAAACGGGCUGUGCAAGUGGACAGUGUGUCCCUACAGUGCAAACGGCAACAACAUCGUUGCCAGUUUGUCGUUCGUGCUGCUCUGAUGAUUACUGCAAUCUUAACUGUACAAGAAGUGAUGUAGGAUCCAUCAUUGUUGGAUAGACAGAGAAUGAUAUCGAAGUUGGUGAUAAAAAUGGCGGAGGGCAUUAGUUAAAUAGCAUUUUGUUAAUCAGAUAAAUCCAGUUGAAGUUAUGAGUUGUAAAUAAAGAAACUGACAAAUA